AUGAUCCAUAAUUUCUCACAGACUGAAGGUGUGGAGCUCUGCUAUGAGAAUGUGAAUGGAUCCUGCAUCAAAACCCCUUACUCACCUGGAGCUCGGGCAAUUCUGUAUGCAGUGCUAGGCUUUGGGGCUGUGCUGGCAGUGUUUGGAAACUUACUGGUCAUUAUUGCUAUACUCCAUUUCAAGCAGCUGCACACGCCUACCAACUUUCUGAUUGUGUCCCUGGCCUGCGCUGACUUCUUGGUGGGAGUGACUGUCAUGCCCUUCAGCACAGUGAGGUCUGUAGAGAGCUGCUGGUACUUUGGGGAGAGUUACUGUAAAUUUCAUACUUGCUUUGAUACCUCUUUUUGCUUUGCAUCUUUAUUUCAUUUAUGCUGUAUCUCUAUUGAUAGGUAUAUCGCUGUUACCUAUCCUCUAACCUAUCCAACCAAGUUUACUGUAUCGGUUUCAGGAAUGUGUAUUGUUCUCUCUUGGUUCUUUUCUGUAAUGUAUAGUUUCUUUUACACUGGGACCAAUGAAGAAGGCAUAGAGGAAUUAGUAGUGGCUCUCACCUGUGUAGGAGGUUGUCAGGCUCCAUUGAAUCAAAAUUGGGUUCUGCUUUGUUUCCUUCUGUUCUUUAUCCCUACUGUUGCCAUGAUGUUUAUAUAUGUGGCGAAACAUCAGGCUAGGAAGAUAGAAAGUACAUCCAGCCAAGGUCAGUUCUCCUCAGAGAGCUACAAGGAAAGAGUAGCAAAAAGAGAAAGAAAGGCUGCUAAAACAUUGGGCAUUGUUAUGGCAGGGUUUCUUGUCUCUUGGCUACCAUACAUUAUUGAUGCAGUGAUUGAUGCUUAUGUGAAUUUCGUAACUCCUCCUUAUGUUUAUGAGAUUUUGGUGUGGUGUGUUUACUAUAACUCAGCUAUGAACCCCUUGAUAUAUGCCUUCUUUUACCCGUGGUUUAGGAAGGCAAUCAAACUUAUCGUAAGUGGCAAAGUAUUAAGGAGUGACUCAUCAACAAUUAAUUUGUUUACUAAGGAAGCAGAUGUAGAUUGAAAAGACUAUUGCGGGAACUUCAUAUUUAAUGUGGAAUUAAGAUCAAGGGCAAAAACAAACACUUGUAUCUAAACCCAUUGCUGUCGAGUCGAUUCCAACUCAUAGCUACCCUAUAGGACAGAGUAGAACUGCACCACAGAGUUUCCAAGGAGCGCCCGGUGGAUUCGAACUGCCGACCUCUUGGUUAGCAGC